AUGGCGUGGGAGAGUCGCCGGCUGUUCGCCGAACUCCUCACCGGGACGGGGUCCACUGAUAUGAAGGUCCCAGCACGGGCUUCAAAAUGGCAGCACGAUGAAGAGCGGGUGGCCCUGGAUAACAGCAACUUCGAGCUCCUGAUGCUCAACUGCAACAGCGUCGUCCUCGAGGCCAUCUACCGGCCGGUGUUAUUGACGCUCAACCAUGCGAUGGUCGACAGCUUCGACAAGGGUGAAACUGCGGCCCAAACUCGUUUUCCGACCAUCUCGGGAGGGUAG